AUGGCCUGGGCACAGAUGCAAAGUGCUGAUACAAUGAGAACCAGGCUCCCAUUUGGAAACCUCGUGGAUCUCGCUUUCUUCUACCCACCCCCCACCACCCCCCCCCCCCCCGAACCCCCCCGCCGCACCGAGCAGCUUUUAAUGAGUUUAAACGUGCAGAGAGCGAGCCCCAUCCCGAUCCCCCGAAGCGGCCGAUGGAGACAGAAACGGGUGGAGGCGGACGAACCUGCUUCCAAGUGCCCGCGGCUGAGCGACUCCCCACCGGACAGCGCUUACUUCCCCUCCCCGGGACCCCCCAGCCCCGCUCAGCGCUGCCAGUGCACCUCGCAGGCGUCGGCGCGGAUCGGGAACUACAUCCUCCUGCAAAACCUGGAGAGGGACACGCUCUUUAGGGCCAUCAGCAGCCACACAGGAGAGGAAUUCGUUUGCAAGGUUUUUGACAUUAAGGGUUACAGGGAUGAAAUCGGACCCUAUCUGCAAAUCCCAGCCCACGAGAACAUCACCGCGAUCGAGGAGAUCAUUCUGGGCGAGCGGAGGUGCUAUGUGUUCCUGGAGAAGGGGCAUGGUGACAUGCACUUGUACAUGCGGAGCUGCAAACGGCUGGGCGAGGAGGAGGCGGCGUAUCACUUCCAACAGAUUGUCUCAGCCGUGGCCCAUUGCCACAACUCAGGCGUCGUCCUUCGUGAUCUCAAACUUAGGAAAUUCGUCUUCGCUGAUGAGCAGAGGACGAGACUGAGGCUCGAGAGCUUGGAGGACGCUCAUAUCCUGAAAGGAAAGGACGAUUCCCUGUCUGAUAAGCAUGGAUGUCCGGCUUACGUGAGCCCGGAGAUACUGAACACGAGUGGAUGUUAUUCCGGGAAGGCAGCCGAUGUCUGGAGCCUUGGUGUCAUGCUCUACACUCUGCUGGUGGGACGUUACCCCUUCCACGAUUCGGACCCCAGUGCCCUGUUCAGCAAGAUCCGCCGAGGCCACUUCUGCAUCCCGGACAGUGUCUCCCCCAAAGCCAAGUGCCUGAUCCGCAGCCUGCUGAGGCGGGACCCCCCGGAGAGACUGGCUGCUAACGAGAUCUUGUUGCAUCCCUGGUUCAGAGCCGCCUGCCAGCAGCCGCAGCCCGAGCAGGACAGCCAGAAUUCAGACCAGACUGUCCCAGAGCUUGAGGGCGACAGGCAGGAAGGCAGCUCCCUUUUCUGUUGACCGGUGGAAGGACUCGAGAAACUUUUUGUAACUCACCGCAGGAAGAAAGGCAGAAAGCCAAACAGCCCAUCCCAAUCCUUUCUCAUUAAGAAGGAACCUUUGUACAUACUUGCACAUGUAAACUUACACCAGUUUGAAACGGGCAUUUAAAUCUUUCAGUUUGGUAGUAUUUUCCACAACAUGAGACCUUGACCCCAACUUAAGACCAGUUCAGAUUACACAGGCAGUAACUCAGUUUGUGUUGGAGUUAUUUGUUAAAUUUCACCAUAUCAUCCACGCCAUCCCUAACUUAUUUAUUCAUUUAAAGGUUUAUUUAAAAGAGAGCAAGUGCAACCACUUUAACUUAUUAUGUUUGUGUAACCUUGAAAUUGUUAUGAAUUUGUUAGUUCCUGUAUAAUCGGUUGUUUUGUUAAAACACUUUCCUCCUGUGUUUAGGUUUAUUUCAGGUAGGUCCUUCUGGCAUGAAAAGCUGGGUAGGUUUCUGCAUGGCCAUUGGGCUUGUGAGUCUGGGCUGGCGAUCGAGGUGAUCUGGCAGCAGCUCUAGGUCAUCCAUGCGCAGUGAGGGAGCUCUCUUAUUGCACACUGGUAGGGCUGAAACUGCUGGAGCAGUUCACAAGUUCAGCACUGAGCCAGUGGUGUACAGCAGCCCUUACCAUUCAACCCCAUGGCUACCCAGUAACAUGGGCCCAACACGUUGCUCAACCAAUGUAAAGAAUAUAACUUGGCAAUAUGACAGGGGUACCCUUUACCUGGAGGAUGCUUUCUAGCUAUGCACUAUACAGCAGCCAUUACUAUAUUGUGUAAACAUAUUUAAUAAAUGGCAGUGAAUAAGUCCAAGGCAGCUACACAAAUAGCCAGGAACCAGAUGACAUUGUAUCGUACUUGAGCUGCACCUUUCGACUCUGUGAUGUCAUCUGGCCCCAUUGGUUAUACAGCUGCCUUGGUUAACUGUUGCAUAAGGCAUACAAGACUAUUAUAACACAGUAAAAGAUUGCAUUAUUUUUCAGUAAAGCACUCUCUUAUCAACCCAUACUAUUGUGGCUAAGAUCAGAAACUUAUUAAAAAACCCCUUUUCAUCAAAUAACACAAACAAUUAAUCUUAUUGCCCAAGAUGACUAACAACGAUUUGGGAAUAAUUGGCAACUGGUAAACCUCAGAGUAGUAUUUACCAAUGGGAAAGAGAAAGGUAGCUUGUGUAACAUAAACAAAGAGGGAAACUAUGGGAUGUGUUCAAGGGCGUAAUGUACUCUCGGGAUUUGGAGUUCUGGGUUAAGAAUGACACAGCCUUGUAACACACUCCCAGUUAUCGGUUAUUAGCUGUGUAAAGGUGGCAUUGUACUAGAAUGUGAAGAUUGGCAAGAGUCAGGUUUAAAAUCCCUGAACUUUAGUAGUUUUUUUCUGAUCUACAAGCCAGACAAAUCCAACUUGCAGGCUUGGAGAUAUAUUAUGGUCAGUGCAGCCACUCUGAGAUAUUGUCAUUCUUACAAAGGGGUAACGUAGGUCUAUAUAUUUUCAUUUAACAGGGAUUAUAUUUUAAUUCUAAAAGUGCAAACAUCACACACAUUAAGCUAAUAUUUGUGGAAACAGCCAAAGUGUUGCAUUGUCCAUUGCUUCCUUCGAUGCUGCUGACCAUUUCAAAAUGUGUUGCAGAUGCCACGAGAACCUGCACUGCUCAUAUUAUUGUAAAUGACUUCCCAAUUUUCCCUGCAGGAAGUUAAAGUAGGACCUUUUAAAUGCAAGUGUGUUAAAAGGCACAUUUGUCAAUACGAUGAUAAGACAAAGAUAUUAAAAAGUGCGCAUUAGAAAGCACUGACGUUACGCACUCGUUACCCAUGACCACUCUAGAACUUUGUCAAACUGUAACCGUACCUUGACUGUAUUUUUCAUUGUUGUGAAACAUCACUAAAGAUAUCCCAACUGUACCUAAAUGUUACACACUUGAUCCUCAGUUGAAAGGUGACCAUUAUUGUUUUUGCUAUGUCUCCUUUAUUGUCUUUGUAGAGUAAUUAUGAAGAUUUUUUUUUUAAAUGUGCAUCCGUUAAAGAGCUCAUGUAUCAGUUUUGCAGCUUUUGAAAUUUGAUCACCAACUGCAGGGGUGAAACCAAAGGUAACAAUGGGAAAAUUAAGCUUGAGUUAGAUGUCGCAUUUUUCAUUAACUACUGUGUAUGUUUUGUUUAUACCUCAUGUACAGUGGACAUGUAAUCUGUGUCUUGUCUUGCAUAUCAUUAGAAAAUAUCUUACUGGUAUUGUGUAAAAGAUCAGUGUAAAUGUGAAUUAUUACAAGCAAUAUUAGUCAGAUGAAAAUCAUGAGGUUUGAGGUUUAAAAGACAGUGAAAUAUUUCUGUUGCACUGAUGUUCUCAUGGUUGUGGAUCUUAUAGUAUCUGUGAUACAAGUUUUAAAAAAAAUAAGACUACUGGGAAAUACAAAUCUUUACUGGCAGCAAUGUCCUGCUGAAGAAUAUCAAACACUAUUUUGAAAAUGUAAAUAUGUGAAUAUGUACAGCUGUAGAUGAACAGCAAUAAAGGCAAAAAUACAUGAACAGAUAA